CUCUCGGACAAACUGGCCUUGGAGGGGAUCCUGUGUGCCUCUGGGCUGGACAUACAGAGAGAGAGAGAGAGAGAGAGAGAGAGAGAGAGAGAGAGAGAGAGUGAGAGAGAGAAAGAGAGAGAAAAGAGAGAGGGGGUAAUCAGACACAUGCGUCCAGAGACGAAGCGCAAGAGAGAAGCAGAAAGGAGGAUUCAGGAGGAGCAAUAAAGAGAAGGAGAGGAGGAGUGAGGGAGCAGGAGGAGGCGGACUGAAUGUGUUUCUUUCUCCUCUCUCUUCUCCUCUGUGUGUGGAAGGAGCGAUGGCCGAUAACAGCACUCAUCCCAUUCUGGAAAUACUGCAGUCCUUCGGCUUGAGGGAUCUGAUUCUGGCCUUCUGUCUCUCCAUGGUGGUUGGUUUGGUGCUGGGCGCUCUGGUGUAUGUGACCUUGACCUGGAUGUCCCGUCGACGGGCUUCAGCCACCAUCACCCGCCUGCCCUCGUCCCGCUGUGUUGGUCGCUCAUCAUCAUCCUCCUCUCCGCGCUCCCGCGCCGCCUUUGGCCGCCACAACAGCGCCUAUGACCGCCGCAGCAACAACAGCCUGGCCAGCGCCGCCUUCUCCUUCCACCGGCAGGCCUCCCCCACCAGCGACCAGGCUGACCUGCUGGGCCGCAAGUCCAGCUUCAGGGCCUCCACCUUCCAUCCCCUGCUUCAGUGCAGUCAGAUAGCCCGUGAGGCGGAGGAAGGUAGCCAAGGCAGUCUGCCCCGCACCCCCACCCUCACUAAUAACCCCACGGCCACUGGCUCAACCACCACGGUCAGCUCCAUGGUCACCCCUCCCAGGGCCAGGCCAAGACCGGACUCUUUUUGGGGGAACAGCGGCAUGAGGGGUGUCCAAACCCCUCCACCAGCUUAUGAGAGCAUCAUACGGGCCUAUCAGGAAACCUGCACUUGAGCCAUGAGUAUGAGGUGACAUAUGGAAGAUGAAGAGGUCCACAGACUUGGAAAAGGGAAAGGACAAGAUGAUCUGAGGAAGAAAUAAAAGACUGGAGAUGAUGGACCUGAAAGGACCCAGGACAUUUUUAAUUUUUAAGGAUUUUACAAUAAAAUUGAACAAGAUUGAUUAUUUACAAUAAGAUUGAUGCUACCAGUGGGGGUAUAAACAAUUAUUAAAGAGAUGUUCUAUGGAAUGGCUAAUAACACUCAAAAAGUAAUUAUCCAUGGCACUCUUCUUACAAUUAAUAUGCCUUUAAUAUAAGCCAGUUUUAUAACAUUUCUAUGGACAAAAAGUAAGAUAAGUCUUUCUUAUCUUUUGUCCAUAGCCAUGUUAUAAUAAAGGCUUUAUUAUAUCAAAUACUUAUAAAAGAUUUUAUUAUGACUUGGCUAUAGACACAAACUAAUACUUUGUCUAUAGCCACAUUAUAAAAUUAUCUUUUUCGUUCUAAGAAGAAUGUCUUAGAUAUAUUUGAUUUGUGCAGAGUUUUAAUGCUUAGUUUUCAUUGUAUUGUUUGUGCUGUGUAUACUUAUGUGUGUGAAACAAUGAAAAAAAGAGAGGGAUUGGCAAGAGAGAGAGCGAGAGACAGAGAGAGUGAGAGAGAGAGAGAGUGAGAGAGAGAGAGAGAUAAAUAGAAUAAAGGCCAUGGGACUUUGACCCACAAAAGACAACAUUCUAAUGUUGGCAGUUAUUUUCAUGCAGUUUCAAAAUAAGAACUGACAAGCCAAACAAACUAGUGUGAAUAGAGGGGGAGAACAUUCUACAACAGUGUAAAUACGCAGAACACUCUAGAAAGGCAUAGGCAUGUAUUGGAGGACAACAUUCUAGAACAGUAUGAAUAGAUAAAUAUAUAUAUUAUAAAUCAGUGUGAAUGGGGAAAAUGUUCUUGACCAGUGCAAAUGGGGAAAGCAUUCUAGAUCAGUGUGAAUGGGGAAGACAUUCUAGAUGAGUGUGAAUGGGGAAAACAUUCUAGAUUGGUGUGGAUGGGGAAAAUGUUCUAGAUCAGUGCAAAUGUGGAAAGCAUUCUAGAACAAUGUGAAUGGGAGAGACAAUUGUAGAACAGUGUAAAUGGGGCAAUAUAUUCUAUAACAGCGUGAAUGGGGAGAGCAUUUUAGAAAAAUGUGAACGUAGAACAGUGUGAAUGGAAAAACAACCCAGAAUGGUAUGAAUGGGAUAGAACAUUUUUAGACAAAUGUGAAUGUAGAACAGUGUGAAUGGGGUGAGAGCAUUCUAGACAGUGUGAAUGGGAAAAAAGAUCCAGAACAGUGUGGAUGAGGUAGAACUUUCUAGAAAAGUGUCAGUGUAAAACAGUGUGAAUAGGGUGAGAACAUUAGGGAGUGUGAAUGGAAAAAAUAAUCCAGAACAGUGUGAAUGAGGUAGAACGUUCUAGAAAAGUAUAAAUUGUAGAACAGUGUAAUUGGGGCAAGAACAUUAGAGUGUGAAUGAAAAAAACAAUCCAGAACGGUGUGAAUGUGGUAGAACACUCUAGAACAAUGCUGGGGCUGUAUGACUGCUGAUACCAGCUUUCAUCACUGUUUUGGCAGGAUUAAUGUAACCUAGACUGGGUGUUGCUACUAUUUUGGAGACAUUAUUAUGCAGACUGUGCAGCGAGUGAAAUAGGUGGUGAGAGAUUCAUGACCUCACUAAUUUUAUGUGGAGUCAUUCAUUUAAAAUGUCUCAUUUUGAGUAAGUUUAGCCCACAUAAUGAAGGACUGACUUGGGGAACACACUGUAUCAUUAUUUAACUGUCUAUUUGCUUUUACUUUAUAAAAUGCUGACUUCAUCCUUGCUGAGAAAAACGACUAGUUUCAUGUAGGACACCUUUAAAUCACAUUAGGAACCCAUCAAAUGUAUCUGGAAUCAGUCCCAGAACACCUGCUAAACCAUUAAAGUCCUUUACACUGUAAUAUCAACCCAUUAGGAAAAUACAAAACACAGUUACUGACUAUUGGACACCACCAGAAAUUAACAGAAACCUUUAAUGAUUUCUAUGUUUUUUUUCAGCAGGAGUGUUUUUUUCUCACAAUAAGAGAUGGAUUAUUAAACAUGUUAUUAAGACGCUACAGUUCAUGAUCCGUCUUAAAAAA